AUGGUGUGCGUGCGAGGCCUGGCAGGGAUGGAGGCCGGGCACCCUCUCCCCGUGCCACCAGCCUGCGUGCACAUGGGCCUCCACGGCCACCCUGACCCCAGGAUGGCUUUCCUCUGGGGUCACCCCUCCGUGUGUCAGGGCUCGGGGGGUGCGUGGGGCACCCCCGUGUGCCCCCCGUGCGUGCGUGUCCUGCCUUUCCCCUCUCGCUGCCUGUCUCCCCGUCUGCCUGCGUGGCACCCGCCCCACGGGCAGGGCCCUGCGCGGCUCCCGCCGCCGGAGCAGCCUCCUGCCGGCCGCUCGGGCAGGCGGGGCGGCAGAGGGAGCCCCGCCGAGCCGCCGGGCGCCAACGCCGAAGGAGCAGCUGGGCGUAAGGACGGGGCAGGGGGCGCAGGGCGGCCCGGUCCCGGGGCGGGGGGCGCAGGGCGGCCCGGCCGGAGCGGUGGCCGCCGGCGCUGCCGCCGCAGGUACUUUGUGCUGGACUUCGAGACAGGGAUUCUGCAGUAUUUCGUGAAUGAACAAAGUAAAAACCAGAAGCCCCGAGGAACCUUGUCCUUGGCUGGAGCUAUAAUAUCACCCAGCGAUGAGGUGCCGCACAUGCUGGUGGUCUACUCUGCUAAUGGAGAGAUGUAUAAGCUGAGAGCUGCUGAUGCAAAGGAGAAACAAUACUGGAUAACUCAGCUUCGAUCCUGUGCCAAACAUCACAAGGAAGGUAAUUCUAAGGGCAUUUCAUCCUCGCGAAGUAGAAGCUCAUCUCUGCUGCCGCCUGGGACGGCUAAUUCUGCAUCUCCUAGUGGCCAGAAGCAUAUGAAUCAAAGUCCAAGUGUUGUAACCAUCACUCAUCACAAAUCACCUGCAGCUGCUCGAAGAGCGAAGAGCCAGCGUUCUGGUCAACUCCAUGAAGUCAGAGAGAUCAUGAGCCAAGUUGAAGGACAACAGAAGAAUCUCGUACAAGCCAUUGAAGCUCUCCCAAGUUCUGGCCCCCUUUCUGCCUUGGAUCAGGACUUGCUGCUUUUAAAAGCUACCUCUGCUGCCACCCUGAGCUGCCUUGGAGAAUGCCUGACUCUGUUACAGCAAAGCAUGCAUCAAGUGGGCCAGCAUCAUAACAGGACACUGUCAUCAGAAGGUAUCCUGGGAUGGCCUGGGCCCAAGUCGCACUCCACAGAGCAACUGAAAAAUGGUGCCCUCAGCUCUUUAUCAUCUGCUAGUGCCAACAUCACGUGGGCAAUAGUACCAUCUGCAGCCCAGGAUGGACACUCACUACAGUCAAAUACGGAGCAUUCAGCUUCAGAGUUGAUCCUAGUUGAAGAUGAAAUGACAGAUACUGAAGAUAACGAAGAGGAGGAUUUAGGAGUCAUGGAUGAUCAACGUAGUGUAAUUCUCCAUCUCAUCUCUCAACUCAAACUUGGCAUGGACCUUACCAGGGUAGUGCUUCCAACAUUUAUUUUGGAGAAAAGAUCCCUGCUGGAGAUGUAUGCAAAUUUCAUGGCCCAUCCAGACCUGUUUUUGUCAAUUGCAGCUGGAGCCACUCCCGAGGACAGAAUUAUCUGCUUUGUGGAGUAUUAUCUAACAGCUUUUCAUGAAGGCCGAAAGGGAGCGGUUGCCAAGAAGCCCUAUAACCCUAUAAUUGGUGAAACGUUUCAUUGCUCUUGGGAUGUGCCUAAAGAUAAAGUGAAAGCGUUCAGAACUAACGGUGCCUCCACGGUUUCUAAGGACCCAACCAAGGAGUUUGGCCAGGACCAGUCCACGUGCUACAAGCUGAGGUUUGUAGCGGAACAAGUGUCCCAUCACCCGCCGGUAUCUUGCUUUUACUGUGAGUGCAAAGAGAAGAAGAUGUGCGUGAACGCUCACGUAUGGACCAAAAGCAAGUUUAUGGGCAUGUCCAUAGGUGUCUCUAUGGUCGGGGAAGGUGUUCUUUACUUGAUGGAACAUGAAGAAGAGUAUGUGUUCACCCUGCCUAGUGCCUACGCUCGCUCCAUACUUACCAUCCCGUGGGUGGAGCUUGGGGGGAAAGUCAACAUCAAUUGUGCCAGAACGGGCUAUUCUGCCACGGUCACGUUCCACACCAAGCCAUUCUAUGGAGGGAAGGUCCACAGGGUGACAGCCGAAGUGAAACACAACCCCACCAACACCAUCGUGUGCAAGGCACAGGGAGAGUGGAACGGGACGCUGGAGUUCACUUACAGCAACGGGGAAACCAAAGUGAUCGACACCAACAAGCUGCCGGUGAUGAGGAAGAAGAUUCGGCCGAUAGCGAAGCAAGGGCCCCUGGAGUCGAGGCACCUCUGGCAGCACGUCACCAACUCUCUGAAGGAAGGUAACAUUGACGCGGCGACAGAACACAAGCACUGCCUGGAGGAGAGGCAGCGGGCAGAGGAGAGGCAACGCGCGGCUCUUGCGACACCGUGGAAACCAAAAUAUUUUGCCAAAGAGGGCGAUGGUUGGCUCUACUUGAAUCCUCUCUGGAAGAGCCAUUGACGGGAAUAGAGCGGUUGCCUCACGACUUCACCUUAAAAAGGCAUGAAAAUGAUCCAGUCUGUAACUUCAGGAUGUCUCUGAACAGGUCAUUACCAGAAGAUCCAAAGGAGAAGUGAUGUACUGUGAAUGAUGCAUCUCAAAAUAACCACAAGCUCAAGUUUAUUCAGGAGCCAUUUUGUGUGUGUGGGUACACAAACACACGCGCAUGCGUCCGUCCGUACACACGGCUAUACACGCAGUGUGUGUGUGUGUUUGUGUGUGUGUUAUUUACACUACAUGUAAACAGGUAUAAACACUAACAGUGAUUUAAAGACCUUUUCCUCUAAGUGUUAGGGCACAGAACUCCAGCUGGGCUCAGCUGGGGUUCCCCGAGUUGUGUGCUUGCAGGAUCAGGCCCUGUGCUAGUAUUUAAGAAAAUACUUUUUUAUUGUUACCGGUUUAAGGUUUUUCUAUUUUUCACUUUUGCCAAAAAAUGUUUUGCACUUAAAACGUGACGUGUCACUUAAUGGCAGUCGUCCUGUCUAAACACUCAUUGAGUAACUCACUUUGACAUAAGAAUGAUACACUGACAGCGCUCGCUGCCCGGGACGCUGGUUUAAGAGCAUGUUUCCUGUCACUUAGGAGUGUGAAUUCUCUGCCAUCUUACCAGAAGUAGCAAUACCUUCUCGAGAACGUUGUUGGCACUAACCCGUUGCGUCCUCACUUUUUUUGUUUAUUGGUACUUCCAGCUGUUUAAUGGAUCUGUGGUCACUGGUGAGCCAGCUGCUCUGGUCAUCCAUUGUGCUGCGUAGCGUCCUCUGGCUGCUCUUGUGCCCCUGAUUUGGGGUUAAUAUGGUUACAUGUUCCACUGAAUCCCUUCUGGCAGAUGGAGCUGGUGGUGUUUCCAGCUCACCCUUGCCUCAUGGAGCCCGACUGCUGUGGGGUGGGAGAGGAGCCCCGUGCUGCUGUGGUGGGUGUCAGCCCCCCUUCCCCGUGGCCAGGGGGUGACUUCCCUGUGCUGCUCUGGGGAAUCAGCCGCAGCGGGGCUGGUCGGAGCCCUUCCUCCCCUGAGGAGGCUCCAGGCAGACCCGUGUCGUGAUUUCUCUUGCUUUUGGCCCCAUUGAUUGCUUCCAAUGAGAUACUUGGAUGAGUAGAGGUGAUGAUGUAACAAGCCCUUCCAGAUGAAUGAUUUUCUGAUGUAAAAGUAACAAUUUUAGUAAAUUAUUCCACCGAGACAAUAACUUUAUUAGUAAAGCAAAUUAAAUGGGAUAGAAUUUUUUUUGUAAAGUAAAAAGAAAAAGUAAGUAAACAAUCCUGUAGCUUGAUCUUGCUUUGUGGCAACCACUGUGACACUGACAAAGUGGGUUCUGAAAGCGUGUUAAGGCUUCGUUGCUUUUUUAGUUUGUGUUUGUUGAAAGUGAAGGUGGUUUUGAGAGAAGUGGCAACAAGGGGCAAGUGUAAAACGUGCCGAGUCCUGCUCGGUGCCGCUUCCUGCAGCGCCCCGUCCAGAACCCCCCGUAUUGCCGAGGCAGAGCAGCAUGGGUGCCUGCCUCUCUCUAGCGCGGACUCAUUCUGUGCCUUCUCUCUGCUUUCUGAAUACAGUAACUUAGGCUUUAGAGAUACCACACGAAUACAUGUAGGUCAAAGCACUGCUUCUAUCUCUUCUUGUGUAUCCUGCAUUUUAUAGUAGUUAUUUUUGGCAGAUGUUAAAAUCUAGAUGUUAAAAUCCCUUAAGCAACUCAGAAGGCUAAAUGGAGGUGUGUGCACAAGGAAACAUGCCCUUAGUUGUUCAUUUGAACAUAGUAUUUAAUAGACCUUUACAUUUGAACUUCAGAUCCCUAUUUAAUGAAGGUGUGGCUCCUCUUUCCUCCUAAAUGUUAUUUUGUCUGCUUGUACGUCCUUUUUUUGCACAUUAGAAGAUUAAUGUUAUAAAUGAUUUAAAUCCUAUUUUUUAAAAAAAAACGUGGACUUCAUGAGCUUGGUUUUGUAACUGACACUUUUUUUUUUUUUUUUUAAAGGAAAAAAAGUCUUAUCUUUAGGAAUAGUUGGUGUUUUUCUGUAACAAAACCAAAAUGAUGCUGCGGUAGCAGCCACUGGAAGGCUACCACACAUCAUCAGGAGAAGGUGUACUUUAUCACCUGCAAGAGUUAACGUUGUCCUGGAUCCACUCUUGUUCUAGAGGUUAGUCUGAGAAGUAAGUAGCAGUUUUCCUGCAGUGUGUAGUAACAUCACAAAGAACAGUCGGAAACAGAGAAUUAAACACGUGGAACAUCCUCCCAAACUUUGACUUUCAGGCCCCAAAGCAGCAGCCCCACACUCACUAGAAGCAGCCAUCGCAGACCUCUCCCCGGGGAGAGUAGACCUCUCCCACCUCCGAGGGUAGGACUGUCGAGGCAACAAAGAUGCCGUAGCCAUUCUUUUAAGGAGAAAUUUGAAUAAUUCUACGCUUGUAAUUUAUUGCAGAUUUCUUUCUGUCUGCAUGGUUGGUUGUUCCUGCAUGCCCACAACAUUCCACUUGUGCUCUGAGAAAUGCUCCGUUUUGUUCGAUGCUGUGACCAAUCCCCUGAUGCCGGUACCGCCCUUUCUUUCCCAAAGUAACUUGGGAGGAGACAAACACAAAAAUAGCCCUUUCUGAAAAGAUCCCAUCAGGGAGAGAUUCCAGAACAAGAUUCACACGCCUCAUUUGAUUUUUUUGAUAGCUACGUGUUCAGUAUAUUUUACAGGACUGAAAAGUAACUAUUCAUAAGCCUUAUUCUGUAGGUUGUUCCAGUAGCCGUCUUGGACUUGCAAGUGAAUCUUUUCCUUCUCAAGUAGCCAAUGUACACUCUGAAUUGUAAUGUAAAAACAUCCAUGUACUUCAAUUUAACUUUUUUUUUUUGUGCACACCUGUAGAAAGCCUAUGCAACCUUUUUCUUUCUUAAAUUAGAAAUGUUCGGAAAGAAAAUUUAUACCUUUAUCAUUUGAAAGAUGCUCUGGCAGUCUCUUCUGAUUUGCCUUCCUUUCAUAAUUUGUGAAUUUAAAAUGACAAAUGCUCAUGAAUAAAAGGUUUGUUUCAUUUA